AUGGAGGGUACGGAUCCUGCGUUCUUGCUACCGCACAUUCAGAACCGUGGAGGUCCGCAAAACGCGCUUUACAGGUUCCGCGGAGUGCGCCAGCGCACGUGGGGGCGGUGGGUGGCGGAAAUCCGCGACCCGGAGCGCAAGGUGCGCCAGUGGCUGGGCUCGUUCGCGACGGCGGAGGAGGCCGCGCGCGCGUACGACGAGGCGGCGCUGAAGCUGUACGGACCCGACGCGCACCUCAACUUCCCCCCGCCGCGGGAAAGCAAUCCCGCGAAUCGCGCGCAGCGUCACGCCGCGGCGGAGCCGGAUCUGCACGUCGCUCGGGAGAAUUUCGACAGAGAAAUUACCAAGGCUCGUCUUUCAGGGUUGAUUGGAUCUGACGCGCUGGCGCGCAUCAGCCAAGGCAAUCAAUUCGGUCACCAAUACGGUGUUGGCGCCGCUACUAGCAGUGAUGGUGGUGGCGCGGCCAUUAACGGCGUCAGCCACGGUGGCGGAGCUCGGGUUAGUUCUGAGGGAGGUGUGAUUCAACUGCCGGUUCAAGGAGCGGCGGGUCACUUAAUCCAUCCACUCGGGACGACAAUGGCCAUGGCCAUGGCUCCUCGCUCAGCCAGCGUGCCGAGCGGCAGCGCGACGAGCUUCACGGAACCCGCGAGUCCCAGGCGAGUGGGCGUGGAGCUCCCGUUAGAGAAGGCCCACAGCCUCGACGCGCUCCCCUCGUUCCAAUCACAGUCGCCCAGCGUGGGAUUCCAACGGGCGGUCACGGAUCGUGGCGCGAGACUGGCUGGGGAUGGUUCACAGCAAGAAGAGGUGAAGUGGCAGCGGUACCAGCGGAAGCGGAGAGCAGUGGCGGAGGAGCAGAGGGAGAUGAGGGAGCUGGAGGACCUGUUGGAUAAGUACAAGCGGCGGCAGCAGGUGCGGCAGCUGCUGUCCGAGGCUGAUAUCGUCCAUCAGCGGGAGAUGCUUCUGACAGGCCCGGAGGUGCAACCCGUGAUGCAGCAGCAGCAGCAGCAGCAGCAGCAGCUAGCCCCGCAGCCUGGUCCUGGGGCCACUCGCGAAGGUGCAAUCAUCAGAAGUGCUGCUAACGCCAGGUUCUCUGGUAGAGCAGCAGGUGACGGCCUUCCGGGGAACGAAAAUGAGCUCCUAGCAAAGGGUUUGGUGAGCAGCAAAGACAUCGCCAGGUUCAUCCUGGACCAGAAGCUGUCAUCGGGUGGUGUAGCGUCAAAUGCAGGCCCUUCCACUGUCCCACCCACAGUUCCCGGAACUGCACCGAUGGUGCACACGGAUCGAACUGGUGUGUCAGAUGAGUCGCCCCUUGUGUCACAUAAGUUUAGAGAUGUGAGCAGGUUGCUGCAAGUGACAGACUGCCACCUGGCUUCGGCGAUUGCCACUGGUGGCUUAAACAGUGAAGGCCAUGAAGCUGUGCGUGGCCAUGGGUACAGAACUGGUGCUGGAGCACCAGGGGGGGAUCUAGCUACAGGCUUUGCAGCUGACCAACCACAGGCUCGUCAGACCCCAGGGCUUCCAAGCAUGAACACUGCAGGACACACGCAGGAUCUUCGAAGAGGUGCUGUUUCUUCGUUUAUGGGUGAGCCGAUGGUGGGAAUUCGUAACAGUGUGAAUGGUUUGCCAUGCACAGGUCAAAGUAGAGGAGAUAACAUGAUGGAGAUUCCAGUAGAUGGUGUUGGUUCUCUUGGGAUUUCUCCCGAAAUGGAGGCCAUUUCAGGUCUCAUUGGUGAAGAGGCUGCUCAGAUUCUGCUCCAGGAGCUCCUGUGCAAAGGAGACAUUGCAGUAGGCAAUAGCCAGUGGGGCAUUUGA